CCUAACCAUGAGCACGCGAGGGGAGAUGUCUCCUCCGCUCCGCCGCACCCCUCCGCCGCCCGCCUCUCUGCCAGACGACGACGACCUGCUCCGGGAGAUUCUCCUCCGCCUGCCGCCCCGCCCUUCCUCCCUCCCCAGGGCCUCCCUCGUUUGCAAGCGUUGGCGCAGCCUCAUCGGCGAUCCCCAAUUCCAACGCCGCUUCCGCGGCCACCACGGCAAGCCUCCUCUCCUUGGCUUCUUCCUCGAUGAGUAUAGCUCCUGUCCGUUUGUUCCACUGCUGGAUCGACCAGAUCGCAUCCCCGGCGAUCGCUUCUUCAAGCCUCUCCAUGACGGCAACCGCAUCGUCGACUGCCGCCAUGGACUUGUACUUAUCUUCAGCUCAAGGCAAAACACAUGGCCGCCGCGCCACCUAUUGGUGUGGGAUCCCGUCGCCCGCGAGCAGUGCCGCCUCAUCUUCCCACCAGAGCUGGACGUUGACCAGAUGUUCAUCUUCAACGGGGCGGUGCUUCGCCCUGCCCGCAGUCACGGCCAUUUCCAGGUGGCCCUGGUAGCCCAUUACGUACGUGCUGAUAAUCCUAAAAGAGUUUUCGCAUGCCUUUACUCAUCAGAGAACGGCACAUGGAGCAAUAUCAAGUCACUGCAGCUGCAAUCGUUUAUAGCCUCGCCAGAACCCAGCACUUUGAUUGGGAAUUCCAUUUGCUGGUUAAUUAAGGAGGGGCAUCAUCACAAUCGCCGGUAUGUCAUAGUUGAGUUUGAUUUGGAUAGGCAGAGCCUAGCUGUGAUAGAGCUGCCACCGCACAUAGAAGCCGGCAUUUCAAAGCUAAGGAUUAUGCCCACAGAGGAUGGUGGGCUUGGCUUCAUUGAUCUCUCAGGAUUCCACGCCGAGAUAUGGAAGAGAAAGCCUGAUUCUGAUGGUUUGGCUGUAUGGGUGCUCGACAGAGCUAUUGAAUUCAAGGAGCUCAGUUCAACUUGGAAGGGGUACCUAUUUUUAGUGGGGUUUGCCGAGGAGAGUAAUGCACUACUUUUAAAGAUAGGUUCCGCUUUGUUCAUGGUCUAUCUCCAGUCAAUGGAGUUUAAGAAACUUCCCAAUAUGACCGGCUUCCAUAGCUAUUAUCCAUUUGAGUUUUGCUACGCGGCAGGUACUGGCAUUGGUGAUGGGAUGGUGGAGAUGAAGUGAACAAUAUGUGAGAUGAUUAUUUGGUAUGGCUAACUUGGAGGACUGGCUUAUCGGUGUAGGAUUCUGUAUUUUCUGCUCAUGCUGUAAACAACUGGCCGAACUCAAGGUGAUCGCGUUUUAGGUCAUGUAGUACUAGUAUUCCAGCUGAUGGUGAUUCAGUGAAAGAAAUGCUGCUCGUGUAUUGAAAUGUCA